UCCUCGCCUCUUAUGCUGCUGUUUCCUGCAGAGAUCCUCCAGCUGUGAAAGCCUCCUUUCUCUAUUAUCCCUAUUAUCUCUACAUUUGACUAACUAAGUGAACAGCUGACAUGGCGGUAGAAGGUAAAGUCGCUGUAGUGACUGGAGCAGCGAUGGGAAUAGGAAGAGCAAUGACUGAGAUACUCCUGAAAAACGGUGCCACGGUAGCCCUCCUUGAUGUGAAUGAAACUGCUGGAAAGAGUUUAAUAGAAGACCUAAACAAACAAUUUGGACGGGAGAGAACUUUGUUCCUGAACUGCAAUGUUGAAUCAGAGGAGCAAGUCAAAGCUGCCUUUCAGACAACCGCAGAAACCUUUGGAGGAAUAGACAUCCUGUGCAACAAUGCUGGCAUCUUGGAUGAGACCACGUGGGAGAAAACUGUCUCCAUAAACCUUAUGGGUGUUAUCAGGGUAGCCUACCUGGCCAUGGAGCACAUGAGCAAGUUGAGUGGAGGUCGGGGCGGGGUCAUCGUCAACACGGCAUCCUUGGCAGGUAUUGGCCCUCUGCCAAGCUGUCCUGUCUAUACAGCCACCAAGCACGGAGUCGUCGGCUUCACUCGAGCCAUGGGGGCUGCCUCUACCGCAUCAGGUUACGGUAUUCGGUUCAACGCCCUUUGCCCAGGUUUCGUCCAAACGGACCUCUUCUCUGCUAUUCCAUCCAAACUGGGGCGAUUCUCCCACCUGGUUGAUGUAUCCCAACAAUUAGUAGAUAAGUUUGGGAUAUUAACUGCGUCUGAGAUAGCAGAGUCCUUCCUGGAGCUGGUGACGGAUGAGACGAAGAACGGAGAGGCCUACGUGGUGUUCCCUAAAGGAAAGCAAUACGUGAAUUUUCCUUCAUUAAUCCCGUAGAUCUCUGACAAACCACAACAUUUCUGGAUGUUGUAAACAAAACUGCACCACUUCUCUGUGUUGAUGUACAAACUAAAACUCAAGUGCCUUUUUGUACAGCAGACAAGGAGUUUCAGCUAAAAUAUUUUUAUGAGUGAUCAAUGAACAUGGGAGGUCUAGGCUUGUUUAAUAAUGAACUGUAAUGAUUGAUUUUGCUAACUACGAUACAUGUGGACAAGUGUGUCCCUGCACAUGUUAACCUUUAACAGACCACCAAAAGAUUUCUGUGACGUGAUUAAACUCCAGGAUGUAAUUUUAUGUAAUGACCACAAGGUGCCACUAUUUCACUGGCAAAUAUGUCCAUCAUAAUCAUCCAAAUUACCCCAAAAAAUGUUUUCUCACUUAGCACUUCCUGCUCAAUUUAUUCCAUAAUCACACGUGAUUCUGCACAUAAUAUCACAUAAUUAUAGUUUAUACAUAAUAAAUAUAUUCAUACACAA